AUGGCCCCUAAAUCAACGACAAAGUCUAAUUCGGACAGCGACAACAGAUCGACUUCUCCGCAACUAGCCAAGAAUACCGCAGAUUCGUCGAGUCCGGAGUCGGAGCAAGAUUCUUCGAAGAGCUCCAGUGAAAGCGACAGUGAUGGUGAAAGUGCCACUUCAUCUGCCCAGGAAUCCGUAGAUACGUCUGAUCAUGUCGCAGCCAAACCAUACAAGGCCCCUUCGGGCUUCAAAACCGUGAAAAAGCAAUCGCCUCCUUCCUCCAGCAUAACCUCUCUCCUAUCCGAUCUUCGUGAUAAACAGGUUUUCCACGUGUCAGCUCCAGCCUCCCUUCCUCUAUCGAAAGUCAAGGAGAUCUCGUUGGCGAAAGUGAUGCAGGGCGAGCCGGUCUUGAAGCACGAGGGCGUGGAUUAUGGGAUCCCCGUGGAUAGCAUAAGCAAUGACAAUACAGGUGGGAAGAUGCUUCUCACCUAUGAUCCGAAGACCCAGACGUACGGACCUACGACAGCAAACAAUAUCCAGAGCUACCAUGUUCGGGAGUUGGUCAAUCUUCCAGAGCGGUCUGAAACAGAAGGCCGGAUAGUGGAAGCAGCACAGGAGCAAGUAGUGCCACCAAGGAAGCAACCCAAACACUUAAAGAUGCGCUUUCGCCCCAUGGGAAGUCAAAAUGGGCCCGCGGAAACAAUUGGAUCGAGUUCGGAAGAAUCCGAGGGGGAGGUACGCACGUUUAAGAUCUCUAAGGGGUCAAAUCAGGAUAGAGAAGAAAGGAAGCGAAAACACCAUUCUACAGAGGGCGAAGGUAGCUUGGCUUGGGGAGUACCACGGAAGAAGUCCAAACAGGACAUGGAUGGGGUGGAAAGCAAGGAGAAAAAGAAGUCAAGCAAGAAAAAGGAUGAGAAGAAGCGGAAGAAAUCAGGAAAGGCAACUUGA